AUCAUCCUUUGCAAUUAUUUAUUGUUGUGAGAAUUUCUAGCAGUGCGCCAAAUUAUAGUGUUUUAUUUAAUACUCUGUUGCCUUUAGAAAAAGUGAAAAAUUAAUAAAAAAAAAUUGCUCUUGAGUUGCAAUCCAAUAACGUAGUGAACUCGUGAUUGAAUAUGUCGUUUUUUGGAGCCAAUAACUCCUUGGGUGCAACUAGCACACCGGCAAAACCCACUGGUCUUUUUUCCUCUUUUGGCACGGGUGCAGGAACUGCAGCUACAACAGGAACGGCAUUUGGCUCUGCGCCUGCUUUUGGUACUGGAGGGUUUGGCCAAACUGCAACCGCUACUUCGGCGCCUACACUGGGUGGCUUUGGAGGUUUUGGAUCUACCAAUACUAACACCACAACUGCGCCCACCUUGGGCGGUUUUGGUGCUUUCGGUAAUACAGCUACAUCUGCAGCUCCAAGUUUAUUUGGUACUGGGGGAACGACUACAUCAACAGGCUUUGGUGGUUUUGGAACGGCAACUGCAACUUCACAAGCUCCAGCAUUUGGAGGUUUUGGAACUACGGCUACAAGUAAUGCCACAGGUGGAUUUGGUGGUUUUGGAGCAACAUCAACCACAUCAACGGCUCCGGCUUUCGGGGGUUUUGGAGCACAACCUACAACGGGAGGUUUUGGAUCAUUUGGACAAGCAUUUGCCAAACCAGCUACAAACACCACAGUUACUCCUGGAUUUGGUGGGUUUGGCGGAAAUACCGGCUUUAUGAUGGGCCAACAGCAGCAACAACAACCGCCUAUAUCCGCUGAUGAAGCUUUCGCCCAAUCGAUUUUUAAUGUCUCAAUCUAUGGAGACGAGCGUGACACCAUUAUUGCCAAAUGGAAUUAUUUACAAGCUAUGUGGGGUAUUGGUAAAUCAUUCUAUUCUCAGACAGCAGCUCCUGUAGAAAUAACCCCCCAAAACUAUCUGUGUCGACUUAAAGCAAUGGGAUACAGCCGCCUGCCUGGUAAAGACAAUAAAGUUGGGCUGGUAGCUUUGAAUUUCAAUAAACCCCAGUCUGAGGUCAAGUCCCAACAAAAUCAAAUUGUAACUACAUUAAAUGGAGUUUUCGGUAAUAGACCUAAUUUGCAAAUCCAUAUUGAAUCUAGCAAAGAAAAUGACGAAAAGAAAAGUCAACUUGUUAUAUACGUUGAAGAAAGAUCGCAAUUGGCACCGAAUGAUACGAAACGAAUACUAGCCACAGAUUUGGCAAAUUAUCUCAAUCAACCUAAUGUAAGGGGGCAAUUGAAUAAUAUGGGUGUUACCGAAGUUUUGGCUUUAGUUCUUCCCGACGAGGAUCAACUUAAGGAAUACUUGGAAAAUCCCCCCAAGGGGGUGGAUCCACGCAUGUGGCGUCAAGCGAAAUUAGAUAAUCCAGAUUUCACAAAGUUUAUACCGGUGCCAAUGAUUGGUUUUAAUGACCUAAAGUGGCGUAUAAAAUGUCAGGAGAAUGAAACACAGACUCAUAAUUUGUAUUUACAAAAGGUAGAACAUGAUUUGUCAGAGUUAAGACAAAGACAUACUGCUGCUACAGCAAAAAUAAUGGAAUACAAAAGAAAAUUGGCAGAACUAAGUCAUAAAAUAUUAAAGAUAAUUGUGAAGCAGGAGUGUACACGCAAAGUUGGUUUGGCUUUGACACCGGAGGAAGAAGCCUUGCGUUCAAAACUGGAAAACAUGCAAGCGCUAAUUUCAGCGCCCACCCAAUUCAAAGGUCGCCUUAGUGAACUACUUUCGCAAAUGCGUAUGCAACGAAAUCAGUACGCACUCACUGGAGGUAGUGAGUACACAAUCGACAAAGAUUGUGAGGAAGAAAUGAAAUCAUUUUUAAGCAUGCAGCAAAAGGCGAUGGAAGUCCUAACGGACACUGUAACAAAAGAUCUCAAGGCUCUGCAGAUUAUAAUCGAUGGUAUGCCAGAACUGGUAAGAGGCUAAUGACAAAUUGCUUUCAAUUAAAUAAAAAUUGUUUAUAUUUAAGUUUUUUUUAUAAUAUGUUGAGUUCUGAGAUGAUAAAAUUCAAAACAGUUUA